AUGCGCAUCCUUCAUCGAGCCACAACUCUACUAAAAGUCUGCCAUCAAUAUAGCAACAUAUUUCAACCUACCUGUCCGGCUUCAAUCUCUUCAAUCUCAAGCAUGUCGACUUCAAGCUCCACUCCUCUUGCUCCGGUAAUAUCCGUUUGCCAUGGUGGUGGUCCUAUGCCCGUUAUGAACGACCCCGGCCAUGCCGAACUCAUAAAGUCCAUGAGCACUCGUGUUCCAAAAAUACUAGGCAUUUCACCCAAUUCCUCUACUUCGAAUCCUCCAAAGGCUAUUGUAUUAGUUACUGCGCAUUGGACCGAGACACGUCCUCAUAUAAGCAGCGCUCAGCAUCAUGAUUUAUAUUAUGAUUACUCUGGAUUUCCAUCGGAAACAUAUAAAUUAAAGUACCCUGCACCCGGAAGUCCAGAAGUAGCGAAGGAGGUUUUUGAGCUACUGGAUGGAGCAGGCUUGAAACCGGUAUUGGAUGAGAAAAGAGGCUGGGACCACGGCGUAUUCAUUCCCCUCCUCCUGAUUGCUCCCAAAGCGCAGAUCCCCAUCGUGCAAGUCUCCGUCCUACGAUCGAAUUCUCCUGCACAACACUAUGCUAUGGGCCAGGCUUUGGCACCUUUGCGCUCUCGCGGAAUCGCCAUUCUUGGUAGUGGCAUGCCGACAUUUCAUAACCUUCGUCUCAUGUUCUCUGGUGUCAUGAAUACUCCUGCAUACAAAGCACGUAAUGAUGAAUGGUCAUAUCGGUUGACAGAAACACUGAAAAUAGCCGAUGCUGAAGAACGCGGUAAAAGGCUAGAAGAUUGGAGGCAAUGGACCGGUGCUGAGGAUGCGCAUCCUGAGAAGGGACAAGAACAUUUCCUACCAUUGAUUGUAUGCGCGGGCGCUGGAGGCAAUAAAACGGGGAAAGGAUGGGCAGAUCAAGCUAUGGGUUCGCCGCAAUGGACAUAUUAUUGGGAUUGAGGAUAUCUGUCAUGUAGCGUUCUUGUGAACAUGACCGGGUAAUUGAGGCGUGAGGCGAUAUUUUAUACCAUGUGGAUAAUUUAGGAGAUUAAUAGGAUGAAUGACGCAUGACAUCCGCAUAU